AUAAACGAAUGAUGUAAUACAGUAAUACUAGAAUUGAAUGGAAAAUGGAAAACAGAGGUAGUGAUGACGAUGAAAAUGGUAAUGGGUGUCCGUGUCCGGUGAAGCUGUGUGAUUGUUUAGAGGAACUUGUGAGGUUCACUCUGAACUCUAACUCUCACCAUCUCAAUCUUUCUUCCCAGUUUUUCUCCAACCUUCUCAAAGAUGACGCAACGCACCCAUCUUCUUCACACUCACUAUCACAACCAAACGAUUCUUUGGAAGGAGUGCCACCCUAUCCCUUAUACAAGCGCUUUUCUUCAGCUCUGUUGAAGUGUAUGGAUUCUGAAACAUUUUGUAGGACAGGCGCCAAUUUAGCCAUGACCGAUGAAUUUGAAGAUUCUUCCAUGCAGCAGAAGCGUAAUGAGUGGCACAGAUUGAUUGUGGAGAAGGGGUUUGAAAUAGAGAAUAUUUUGAAGAGUGUUUCCUUUGAAUUCCAUGUCCAAGAGCCUUUCUUUUCACAGCUAAAUGAUGGCCUAAAAACAAUUGAAGGGAGGUGUGCCACUGGGAAAUACAAUAGGAUCAAAUCAGGAAAUCUAAUUCUCUUUAAUAAGUCGGUGGUGUUUGAAGUUCAGGGAGUAAGACGGUAUCCUACAUUCUUUGCCAUGUUGGAGGCAGAAAGCCUUGGAAAAGUUCUUCCUGGAGUUGAAAGUAGUGAAGAAGGUGUAAAAGUCUACCGGAGAUUUUACACAGAGGAGAAGGAACAAGCAAAUGGUGUCCUUGCAAUCGUUGUUUCAAAAUUCACCCCUCAACCAUACGAUUCUUUGGCUAGAUUAUUCUGUGAAUUGAGCUAUGAGGGUGUUCAAAGCCUUCUAGGUCUCAUGCAUACCACAGGGACAAUUCCUAAUGCACUUCCUCCACCAAUAUCAACUCUAUUAGCAUCAUUUAAUUUGCCAUGCAAUCCAAAUGAAAAUGGCUUGACUGAUGGAGCUCGUGCAUUGGCCAAGCAUGCUUGUAGGAGUAGCAGUGGUUAUUGGGGUUCUCUGAAUGGAAAUGAUUCUAAUAAAAAUAGGCUUGCAAUGGAUGUUAUUAACCGCCUAAUAUCACAUUGUUGUUGGCUGAAUGUGUAUACUGUUCCACCACAUGGAGUUGUCUUUGAAAUAAGGGUUGCUAAUGGAUAUGGUGCACGCUGGACAGAAGAUGGAAGUAAGGUGUGUGGAUACCCACUAAAUUCUGGUAUUUAUCUGCUUCCAUUACAGGUUUAUGCAUGUUUAUUGGAUUUUUAGAACCCUACAUGCAAGAUGGGCACUCAAAGCGAUGGAAGCACUAGUUCUGCUGGCCAGACCACGACAACUACAGCUAAAAAUGUCACAAGUUUUCCUUUUAUCUUGUGAUGGAACUAUGUUUAUGGCACAGUAUUUGUUUUUCUCUCUCUUUAUUUCAGCUAAGGACUUUAGCUAACUAUCUAGUCUAAUGUCUCAGAGUAAUCUACUUAAGUAGACUUCUGUAUACAGAUGAUGGAUUCAGUAUAAGUAUUACUUGUUUCAUCCUGUACUUUUAAGAAAGAAGUAUCCGUUUAGCUCAUUUUGAUUAUUAAAAGUUGCUGACAAGUUCCAUUA